GCCACCAUGACCUCCUUCUCCAGCAACAGCUUCAUGUCCUCUGCAUCUAUGGGCUCCUUUCGCCACAUGUCCAUGUCUAGUGGAGGUAGACACAUCCGCGCCAUGAGGGCCGGUAGCGUGUACGGGGGUGCCGGUGGGUCCGGGGUGCGCAUCUCCAGUGCCUCCAGCACCUUCUCUGCUGGCAGUGAGGCUGGUGGUAGCUCCAGCCUGGCCGACGCUGUCUACCUGAACGAAAAUAAGAAGGCCACCAUGCAGAACCUGAAUGAUCGUCUAGCCUCCUACCUGGACAAGGUCCGCUCCCUGGAGAAGGCCAACGCUGAUCUGGAGGUGAAAAUCCACCAGUCCCUGGAGAAAAAAGCCACACCUGAGGCUCAUGACUGCACUGCCUUCAAAAUAGUCAUUGGCAAACUCCAAAACCAGAUAUUUGAUGCCACUCAUAUGAAUGGAGGAUUAUACCUGGCUAUUGACAAUGCUAAGCUGGCAGCAGAUGACUUUCAAGUCAAGUAUGAGAAUGAGCUGGCUGUGACGCAAUGUGUGGAGGCUGAUAUUGCUGGGCUGAGGCGGGUGAGGGACGAGCUGACCAUUGGAGGAUCCAACCUGGAGAUGGCGGUUGAGGAGCUGAAGGAGGAGAUGGUCCACCUCAAGAAGAACCACAAGGAGGAGGUCAAGGCCCUUCGGGCACAGGUGGGUAGUCAGACGGUCAAUGUGGAGGUUGAUGCUGCACCACAGGAAGACCUCACCAAAGUCAUGGCUGAGAUCCGUGAGCACUACGAUGCUGUUGCUGCCAAGAACCACAAAGAACUGGAGAGCUGGUUCAAUGCAAAGACAGAAGAAAUCCAGAAAACUGUCGCCUGCAGCACCGAAACAGUCCAAUCAUCCCAAUCUGAAAUCACUGAAGUUAAACGCAUAAUGCAAAGUCUAGAAAUUGAAUUCCAAUCUGAACUCAGCAUGAAAGCAUCCCUGGAGGGCACCCUGGCUGACACACAGAACCGCUAUGCCAAUAUACUAUUGAGUUAUCAGAUGCAGGUGACCAGCUUAGAGGGCCAUCUUGGUCAGAUACGUGGUGACUUGGAGCGCCAGGGCCAGGAAUACCAGAUGCUGCUGGACAUCAAGACCAGGCUGGAGAUGGAGAUCGCGGAGUACAGGAGACUGCUGGACGGAGAAAUGACAAGCAGUGUCUCGACAGCCACCAAAACACACAAGUUGGUGACUAUCAUCAAGGAAAGUGUUGACGGCAAGGUGAUCAGUGAGACCAAGACCAAGUGA